AUGGGCUCACCGGUGGUCCAGUACUGGCUAGCCAAUGCGGUUCUAAGCAAUCGGGGCUCUGCAGGAGCCAGUGGAGAGUCAUCUUCGGGAGAUGAAACCGGCUCUGGGGACAGCGAGAACUCUGAAUCAGAGUCCGAGUUCAGUGAGGACCCCGCGGACGAGCCAGUGAAGGAGCCCGAGCCCAAAGGUUCCAAGCAUCCAUCGGAUGCCUCGGAGGUCAAGGAGUCGGGAACAACGGCUUCUGAUUUGCCACGUCUGAGCAGCCGAAGCAUGAGUUCUUCAGAUAAUCCGUGGGUUGCGGAGCCGAGUGCAAGCCUCACCCCGACCGAGAAGUUAUCCCCUGUGUCUACUGAUGAGUGCCCCGCUACCAGAAGCUUGCUUGCAUUUUUCAAUCAUGUACAAGUCGAAGGCAAACUCGAGCAAACCUACCCCAAAUCGAUCCGAGGAGAUCGCCCGCUGCCGCCGGUGCCCCACUUCCUUGACUCCUCGGAGGCAGAGAGCAUAAUGGCGGAGCUGGCUCACCAGGAGGCGGUGCUAAAGGAGUUACAGGUCAUGGAAGAGCUUCAUGCCGAAGAACUUGAGUUGGCCAAGUUGCUUUCUAGAUUGGAUCUUGACCAGCCCGAUGUGGACACGCUCCCCAUGUCUUGGGAUGAUCCCUGCGCUGUGCCUUGGGUUCCUCCGGUUGAGCCCUUGUUGGAGGAUGCUUCGAAGCUUGAAGCUGAUAGCUGGGCAGAGCUCGGCUUGCACCCGUAUGACGGUGACGGUGAAAGCUGCGACGCAAAGCCAGCACUGCAUCGAGCUGUGAACAUGGAUGAAGAGGCUCCCGAGCCCCCCAGUCCAGCAGCAUCUGUGAAAGAUGCUACUAUGGAUGAUUGCGGUGAAGUGCAAGCUGCUCCUGAGCCUACCGGUUCCAUUGCAGAAGAUGCUAUCGCAGAUGAUGCCAAAGCAGAUGAGAGUGCUGCUGAGCCUACCGGUUCUGCUGCAGAAGGUGCUAUCGCAGAUGACACCGAAGCAGAUGAGAGUGCUGCUGAGCCUACCGGUUCCACGGCAGAACAGGCUAUCGCAGAUGGCACCGAAGCAGAUCAGGCUGCUCGAGAGCCCUCGAGUCCAGAUGCUAUCAUGGACGGUGAGGCAGAGACGUCUUCGGCAGAGCCGGCUGCGUUGAAGCCCCCCGCUUGCUUGAAAGCGCUCAUGCCCAUCUCACCGGCAGACCAGACGAAGCUUCUCAAGCCCGAUCGGGACGGUCGAGGCCGCCGUGGGCGCGGCGGCCGUGGUGGCCGAGGCCGCGGCCGAGGCCGCGCUGGCCGAGGUCGCUGUGAGAGUGAUUCUGAGCCUGAAGAGGAAGAUGAGUUGUCGGAUGACGGGGGUGCUAAGCGGUCCAGGGCUUCCUCUGAGUCUGACCAUGACAUCGUCAAGAAGGCUCCGAAGAAUCGAGCGACUGCCAAGGCUAAGAGCAAAGCCUUGGCCAAACCCAAGGCCAAGGCUGCGGGGAAAUCAAAGGCCAAGGCAAAGGCCAAGGCCAAAGGCAAAGCAGUUUCCAAGCAUGGGGUGGAGGAUGAGGGCCGCGAAGGCCAGGAUGAAGCAUCGGAGGAGCAGCCCGCCAAGAGGAAACGGCGAUCCAGCAAGGAAUCCGAGCACCCAACCAAGAAGGCCAAGUGCAUGAGGGAUGCAAGUGACGACGCCUCGGACAAGGACGAGGAGGACUCGGUUGAAGCCGGCUUCACCGUCAAGGGAUCUACCAAGCUAUCCCCAGCAUCCAAGAGGGCUGCUAUCACAAAGGCUGGUGGCACGGUGGUGUGUGGCAGGAAGGCAACCAGGGCUGCUGAGGAUUGCAAGAAGCCGACCAAGGCUGCUGAGGAUCGCAAGAAGUCGACCAAGACUGGUGAGGAUCGCAAGAACUCGACCAAGGGUGGUGAGGAUCGCAAGAAGUCAACCAAGGGUGGUGAGGAUCGCAAGAAGUCAACCAAGAACGGCGAGGAUCGUGGCAAGAAGCCGGGCAAGGCCGGUGGCGAUGUCGGUGAAACUGGGUCCAAGUCUGCGGAGACAAAGGCUAGGCUAUCAGAAAAUCCGUUGCGUACCACAAGGCUAGGGCUGCGGCGAAAGCCGCUGGAGCUUCAGACGAGCAGGCCAAAGAGGCUGCAAAGAAGGUUUCCCGCCACGCAACUAAGUAAUGAAAUCCUAGCUUCUCCCUCGCUUUCGAUCUAG